AUGGAUACACACCGACUGCAUGGGUCAGCUUCUAGACUAAAGAGAGGACAACAUUUGACCCAUUCCUGUCCAAUAGUCAUUCAUCUCCUUCAAUCUGUACGGUAUCGCAUGUGGUUCUUGCUCUGGACGGCAGUCGUUGCAGGCAUACUAGAAUCUAUAGGAUGGGCAGGGAGGCUAUGGUCGUCAUAUGACAUACUCGCAUCCACGCCCUUCUCUAUGCAGAUCAUUUGCACGAUCGUUGGGCCAACUCCGCUCAUCGCUGCCAACUUCAUCAUCCUCGGGCACGUUAUCCGCCGCCUUGGGCAACAAUACAGCCGGCUCAGUGCCCGUUUGUAUACUAUCAUCUUCGUCAGCUGCGACGUUAUCGCGCUCAUUGUUCAAGCCUUAGGCGGUGCUGCCGCUGCUGCUGCUGUGGACAAUGGGAAGAAUCCGAAGGCCGGCAGCGACAUCAUGCUGGCUGGUAUCAUCUUCCAGACUGCUGCUAUCACAUUAUAUGUUCUUCUCGCCACUGAGUUCUUUUUGCGCUACUUCUAUGACAAGCCACUGCGCGGCCGCGAGAACGUCGAGACCGGAUAUGCUUUGGAGAGCAAACUCCAGCAGAUGAUCGCAGCAUUGGUUUUCAGCAGCUUGACAUGGUAUCGAUGCAUCGAACUGGGAGAUGGGUGGGAAGGAAGGAUCAUACACACGCAACGUUACUUCGUGAUUAUGGACGCCCUCAUGAUUGUAUUUGCUUUGUGGACGCUCAAUCUAUUUCACCCCGGCCGUCUCCUGGGAUACGGCGCCGACUGGAGUGCUGACAAGAACGUCGCGAUGCGAGCGACACAGACCCAGGAUUCCGAAGCGGCGAGGGGGUGCCCUUGCCGGGGAACAUGCUUCCCAAGGAGCA